AUGGAUCCUAGGCCAAAACCAGAAGAGAAGCCUCAGCCAGAGACUUUCCCAAAGUGGAACCCCACUGCUGUUUUUCUCCCGUUGAUGGAUAUGUAUGGCGUAAAUUACUCGAAAGAUCCACGGUUUCGGCCUAUUCUAGCACAACUCAACACGUUGCUAAACGACGACAUUUUGCUCAUCGUGCUGAACAUCGAUAUACUCCUGCAUGAGCAGCUGCCUUUCGUGGAGCGUCUCAAGAAGGAUAUUGAGCAAAAUCCAAUUGAAAGGGAGAAAGGAAAAAGAGUUGAAGGGGUGGCAAUUGAGAAUGGAUUCCAUGGCUGGAUUGAAUCUAAGAAACAUUUGCACAACUUGAUGCCACACAAAUGCCGAUUUCUUGUAGUUCUUGAACGUACUGCUGGCUCAAGUGCCACUUUGUCUGGUCUGAGGGCCGUGGUAUUGGUCGCUCUCAGCUUCAUCGUCCAGUCUGGGAGGACUGCUGUGAAAACUUUGCAAGAGCAAAGAGAAUAA